AUCACCUUCGAGAGAAAACCUUCGUUUACUCCCAAGACUUUCCAUAAAAUGGCCAAGAAAAUCUUGAUGUCCGUAAACAUGAGGUGCCAAAAAUGUCGCUCAGAAGCUCUCAAGAUCGGAGGCCAAACCACUGGAGUGACUUUUGUGGGAUUAGAAGGAGAAGAAAAAGAUCAAGUGGUGGUGAUCGGUGAAGGAAUAGACGCCGCCGGUUUGGUCCUCCGGUUACGCAAGAAAGUUGGUUUUGCUGUCCUUAUUAGCGUCACUGAUGUUGACACUUCUGAGUAAAAUAGCGAAAUCAUAUAUAUAUUUCUCUAUUUUGUUGCAUUCUUUUUAAGUAAGCUACCCCUUUUUCUUCAGAAAGUCUCUUACACUAGUCUUAUUACUAUGUCACAUAAUCGCUGUUAUUCCC